AUGUACAACAUCAUCACCCUGCGUGGUGCACUCGCAUGGUCGCGUCAUCUGGAUAAGAACAUCGCGCUCUAUGAAGACAGGCCGGCUGAUCUCUUUGUCGGUCAUCACUGGCCGACUUGGGGUAAAGGAAAUAUUGCUCGGAUGCUCGUUGAGCAGCGGGACAUGUAUGCAUUCAUGCAUGGCCAAACCGAGCGUCUCAUGGACGAAAGAAAGACGGGAAUUAAGAUCGCAGAGAUGUUGCAGCUUCUACCAGCCCUGGACUCUGCUUGGCAUCUGCAAGGCGACUACGGAUUGAUCAGCCAUAAUAUCAAGGCCAUAUACCAGCGUUAUAUGACCUAG